UCGUUUUGACAGAGUCCUGCCCAUCGCCCACACUGCGAUGAACACCAGUUUGCUUUUCCUCACAAUAACAACAGCUGGUAGCAGCUAAAGAUGGCCGCCGCAACAAUGGCGGGGCUCGACGCUCACAGGAUGGAGGAAAAGAAGUUCGAAUACUUCUCCUCCAUCAACUCCAUGGCGAAGAAAAUAAUGCAGGAGAGGGAGAAAAUUAAAGCCAAGCACGGCUCGUCCUGGGAGAAAAUGACGCCGCAAGAGCAAGACAGCGCCAUCGACAACGGGAUGAUGGAUCCCCAUAUCCGAGCCCGAUACGCUAUGCACAGAGUUGACCGUGAAGAAGUGGUCUGUUACCCUAAACUGCUCAUUCAGGCGGGUCAGAAGAUAGUUCACUUCGGGGAAGAGGAUAUUACCUGGCAAGAUGAGCAUUCUGCCCCCUUCUCAUGGGAAACAAAGAGCCAGUUGGAUUUCAGCUUGACAUCAGGCUCUGCAGACCAGGGGAUCUCAGCCUUGCAGGCAGACUCAAAGGCUGUAAAGGUUCCUCAUUCCAGCCAGCUUGGCAAGAGUACACCAGGAGCCAAGGUGUCUGUCAGCGAGGGACGGAGGCAAGAGGAAGAGUCGUCUUUCUGGAAGAUCAGCGCUGAGAGGUCCAGACUCGAAGGAGAGCAAGCUGAAUUCCAGUCCCUAACCCCCAGCCAGAUCAAAUCCCUCGAGAAAGGAGAGAAAUCCCUCCCCUCCUACCUCCGACAGGAGACCUCUGUCACCUCCAAGGAGCCUGAGGCAGCAGAUGUCCACCCUCCAGCUCAUACAAAGUCCACCAAGCAGCGAGCACCCAAACCUCCUGCUCCACAACCCCCUGUCGCCGUCGCUGUUAGUGCAACACCAGCAUCCAUCUCCAUUUCGCCAAACCCAGCCCCACCUGUCAACGUGUCCUCGUCAGUUGCAGGCUGGGAGCGAUCUCAGAGCACCCUGCCGUCGGUCAGCAACACCCUGAAUGAAGUGUUUUCCUCCAGCCUCAUGUCCAAGCCCUCCAACCACCCCACCAGUGUGGAGAGAGAGAAAGGGGAAGAAGGUUCACCCACUAGCCCCACCUUUGCCCAGUUCAACACAAGCAGCAACAUCCUGAAGACUGGAUUCGACUUCUUGGACAACUGGUAAACCACAGCAGAGACUAGUCACUGCUCUGAAUGAAUCAUUCUCAUCAUCACUCUAAAGAAGGACCACACUGCCAUGACUACAGACAUCCACAUCUAGAUUUAACAAACGCCAGUCUUUUAAAAUGACCACAUUAUGUUCUUGUAAUUAUCUUCUGUGGCUUGUUAAGACAUUAUCUCACUGCCUGUGUGCUGGUGUGUUCCCCCUCUAGAAAAGCUCCCUCUAUUCUCUGACUAGGGUUGAAUCUCUUAGAUUUCUUGCCAAACACCUCCUGCCAGCAGGGAUUGAACCUCACAGACUGUGCAUUCACAUUGCGAUCAGCUAGGUUGAAAGGUUACACAAUCCUGGCUGCAUCAAUGAUCCCAAUUACACUUAGUCUCUGUGUGCGUAACAGAUAGAUAGCAAAUAUCACAAAAGCUAAAUGUAUCCAUUAAAUAUUCGAGACAGAUUGAAAUCAAAUUGGAAUGCAAUUGCAGUUUGAGAUACAUAUAGCCAAAUGUUAAAAAGGUGUAAAUUAUUCCAUUUAUAUGUUAAGUAGUUGUUAGCUAGCUAGCUAAACUGUUAUUGUUAUAACUAAACUGCUAAAGUGCAGAAGUUUAUGAACAGCUUCAGCUGCAUUAACACUUCUGAGCUGGAGUGGGACUUACACUGAUAGGCAUGUAGUCUGGAAAAACCAAGGCGGAUGCAAUCAGAUUAGCGAUGUGGCUAACCGAGACACAUAUACGUGUCCAGUAUAAAUAAGUGUAUUACAUCACAUCUGGAUUUUGUCCAGAUAUGAGACAGUUGACGUGACAGGUGUAAAUGGGUCAUAUGUUGCCGGUCUUCUUUUUUAGACCUGUUUUGGCAAAUCAUGUAGUUUCCCUGCUUUGGUGUUGCCUUUCAUAAUGGUACAACGUUUUGUUAAUAUGGCUAGCUAGCUAGCCACAAUAAAAAAACUGAAAAAAAGCAGGAAACACCAAACAAAAUGAUUUAAAGGUGGGGUAUGCGAUUCUGGAGGAAUCCAAUUCCAUGAUAUAUACCAUGAUAUAGAGUCAACAACAACACAGCAAGUAAUAUAACUAAUGCUAGGUUGUGGGUUAGCUUAGCUAGGAUGAGGGUUAGCAAACUGUCCCUACAGUUGCUGCUGCGAAGCAAACAGCCAGAGAGGACGAGACAGUUUCCCAGCCAGUAAACCAGCUCCAGACAGCGAUACUGACAACUCUCCUGCUACUAUAGCUAACAUCACAACAGCAGCUUAUCUAGCAAACUAGAAAGUAAGCUGAAUGUCCGUGGGCAAGUCAUUUAAUGUUACCUGACACAUAAAUCAUGGCUGGAAUAGUGUUAUGUGGCUCUGUCUGAGCCACUUUGUUUGUUUAGCAUUUACAGAGCCAGGCCUGAGUACAAACACCAGAGGUUUUUUUCAUUGUGCACACAGAAAGGACAGCUAGCGGACCGUGAGGAGAUAUUCGCUAAAUUUGACAAAAACACAUGCAUAUGAUUAGAAUCGCAUUCCCCACCUUUAAGAGCUUUACCAACAGCUAUAGCUAUGGAUGCAACUGCUCCCCAAGGAUAGAUGUAAUUUUUUAUUUUUUUUUUACCCUUUAGUCUUUCAGAUAAGUUUAUAAAGAAGUGGGAAAGUUUAAAUGCCUGUUACAAUGUGCUAACCCAUUUUACACUUGCUAUUAACAGCUAUGGUAAAUGAAAACACAUUCUAACUGGCAGGGGGAUAAAGUAGUGUGGAAAUCUGCAAGCAUUUUCUCAUAUGACAAGUUUGUUAACUGUUCUACAAAUUAGCCAAAUAUCCCUGGUAACUCUGGUAAACCGUUGAUCACAUUGAUUGUAAUGUGAAUGCACAGUAAUGGUGUGACUUGGCUGCCAUCACAUUUAACUUUUAGACACUAAUCUAGCAAACAAGGAAUUGUUUUGUGCCAUAAGCAUGUCAAAUUGUCAUCUGUGCAAAACACUUGUCCAUGUUUUUAUGUUUUAUUUUUUCUUAUGAAGAUUUUGCUCUCCAAUGUGCUUUUAUUUAUACGUAUCUAUAUAUUCCUAUCAAUCUUGAGAGUUUUAGAGUUAAAGUAGCGCUCAGUACUGCAGUCCUGACCCACAUAGUGCGAUUACUACAGACAAUGUUCCUACUGGUUAUGGAAUUCCUGGAAUAUCAUGGAAUUUACCAUUGCAUCACUUUACAGGAGUGUAGCAGAAUGUAUUUUCCAACUUUCACACAUUCAUUGAAUUAGAUAGUGGUUUUCAGCAACAGCAGCACCAGACUGUUGUCCUCUCUGGCAUUUAAAACAAAAAUUAAAGGAGGGAAGAACAGCCAUGGAAGUGCUCAAACUUAGGACAGAUGUCCUGUAUGGAUUUCCUCACCACCUCACCCCUCCCAACUGUCACCUUUGACCUCAAACUAGUGCUGAGCAAAGCCAGUGUGCAUUUAUAAUGAAAAUAAGAUGCACUCAAACGUUGUGUUUGAGGUAAACAGGCAGGCAUGUAGGGAUUUGUACCACUUGUGUCAUAGAUCUAAAAUCCAGUUUACACGACUAGAGUACUAUUUUACUGAAUUUUAUAUUUAUCUGCUGAUUGUAUCUUAUGCUAUACAUGUAUAUUGCACUCAUGCAUUUUAAGUGACAGAUUGGAAGGAAGUAAAUACAUAAAAGUCAAA